UUCCCGGGCUAGAACGCGGGUUGAGCGGCGGGCAUGGACAGCGCGGGUCAGGCGGGCUCCCUGGCUGGCCAACGGCUGCUCACAGCUGCUGAGGAAUCAGUGAGGAGUGAGCAGGACUCGGGGCUCACACCAGCACGGAGCUCCUCACCGCCACCGCCGGCCUGUACACCACACCGGCCCGUACAUUACACCGGCCCGUCCGCUCAACUUUCAAACCUGCACCGGGCAACUACAGCUCAGCGAGGGGUGUUCUUCACCAGGGAAGCCAAUGUAUCCCCAGUGAGGGGCGCACAAGGGACAAGAAGACCGGCCUCUAUGACACCCCGGUGAUUCUUCUUCGCUCUGAGGCAGUGAGCAGCAGCAGGUGGCCUAAUUCUGACGCCCGCCCGUGUGAUUUUUAUUUUUCUACUUCACAAAGUGCCGUGUCUCAGCAAUUAGCCGUGUGAAUAAAGUACAGACAUUGAAAUACAAGCGUCUCCGUGUACUUGUACGACACGGCGUCCCCUGGGACCGAGCCCCUGACACUGGGACACUAAUGCAGCCCGGGAGCUCCGUGCUAGUAGGAACCGGCCACAGCAAGGAAGACAUGAAGACAGCGCUGCCCUGCUACUGACCCAAAGAGGGGGGAGAGCACUGCGCAUGCGCCGAGCUGGACAGCUCCUGAGAGGGAAAUUUAAAAACGGUUUGGGAGCAGAUAGACAUCUCAUUACAAAGAAGAGAGCAGUACCCAGGGAAGCUGAUCAGCAGCUGCACAUCCCCUGCCUCCUUCACCCAACGACACAGCAGCCUGCCUUACCAGUCUUAGGAAAUGAUAGACAGUGACAUCUCAGGAAUGAUGUCUGGAAUUAUCAGGACAACGGAACAUACCCACCCUACAAACCAGGAUUACAGACUUACAGCUUCAGAUGCUUCACAAAUGCGAAAUGAUGACCUUCCUAACGACUUACAGUCUUUGUCUUGGCUGACUUCUGUGGAUGUACCCAGGUUACAGCAGAUGACCGGUAACAGGAUGGAGUACAGUCUUCCUUCACAGAACUCGGUCAUACAACAACCAGGUCAGCUGGCCAGCACGGUGCCUGGACAAAUGAUUCAUAUACCUGUCAGCUUGCAGCAAAGCAUUCUUGGUCUUAAUACCAUGAGUUCACAUGGAUCCAGUAUGAACCAGUUCAGUUUGAGUGGACAUCUGUCUCCUGGUAUUCAAUCCCAGCAGUCUCUGUAUCAACCCCAUUCUCAACAAAUCUAUGCACUGUCUCAGGCUCCUCAGCAGUGUUCUCCUGGGACAAUGUUUAAUAGCUCCUACAGGCCACAGCCGUAUGCUCAGGCACGCCUGACAACUCAUGCUACACAGGAUCUGCACCCUAAAAACUACCCAAAGCCUAUCUAUUCAUACAGUUGCCUUAUUGCAAUGGCCUUAAAAAACAGCAAAACUGGCAGCCUGCCUGUGAGUGAAAUCUACAGUUUCAUGAAGGAACACUUUCCAUAUUUUAAGACAGCCCCAGAUGGCUGGAAAAACUCAGUUCGGCACAAUCUGUCCCUUAACAAAUGCUUUGAAAAGGUGGAGAACAAGCUGAGUGGAUCCUCCCGCAAGGGAUGCCUCUGGGCAUUAAAUCCAGCGAAAAUUGACAAAAUGGAAGAGGAGAUGCAGAAGUGGAAGAGGAAAGAUCUGCCAGCAAUUCGAAGGAGUAUGGCUAACCCAGAUGAACUGGAUAAACUGAUUAUGGACAGACCUGAAAACUGCAAAGCUCCAUCUAAGCUGACAGCCUCAGAAACGUCAACAAUGACAAAUGUUGGGAGCAUUCAUGGAAGAGUGCCUAUUACUCAGCUACAGCCACAGUCAGUCAUGACAUUAUCCUUACAGUCCAUACCUUUACAUCAUCAAAUUCAGACUCAGGCAAGAAUAGCAUCAAGUUCUCCUGCUCCAGCCCAAAGUCCUCCACUCCACAUGCUACCACAGAUGACACAGAGCCCACUGCACCAGCACAUAAUAGGCAGAGGUUCAUCUGACUUCCUCGGCUUUACCUCAGACGUGAACACAGAGGUGGACUCACUUGAUCCCAGCAUCAUGGAUUUUGCUUUACAAGGUAACAUAUGGGAAGACAUGAAGGAUGAAAGCUUUAAUCUGGACACACUAGCUGCAUUUAGCAACUCCCCAAUCCAGCUAUCAGACUGUGACUUGGGGACCAUUGGUCUGACACCAGUCUCUAGCAGCAGUGACCACUCCUUCACAGACUUUCAUCUCACCAGCCUGUACACCACAUAUGCAAAUAUGGACAAUGUGACACCUUCCCAGUGUGUGGCGGGACAGGGUAAUAAACCCAUUGCAUUGCUAUAGGUCUAUCCGUCUACUGCAGAUUCCACAGGCACCAGAAACAACGUCACGGAAGCAGAAUGUGAGGAACCAAUAUGUGCAUUCACUUCGCACGUUGCAAGCGCUGCCUUUAUUAUCUGGCCAUCAAUGUACAUUUUAUAUGUAUCUGUCUAUACCAUUAUUAAGCCAUUCAGAAUCAAAAUGGGCAAGCAAGUACAGGAUUUCUGAAGCAGUUUAUUUUCCUGGGAUGUGUGCUACAAUAGAACAUUUCUGGUGAUCUGUGAAAAUCCCAAUGACUCUGGAUAUCCAGUCUUCUGGUAUGAAAAUGCAAGCUGCACUGAACUCAGUAUGGUUAUUUGUUGCCAAUAGAAUAGAGAUCAAUGUGACUUCAAUAGCACUCAAAAUGAUAUGAUUUUUAAAAUGUAGUUUUCUGUCAAAGAGCCAAUAGAACACGUUGCAGAGCAGUUGUGAUUCUUGUCUGACAAUGUACAAUUUGAUACAUUGUAACUCCAUCUCACCCGAUACAAUAAUAAUAAUUACUGUGUAUUUGUCCACUUUUACUAUUUAGGGGUGUUUUGUCCAAGUAAGGUUGUCAUUUCUACUGGAAAGAACUUGAUUUGUUUCCACCAAGCAGAAAUUCCUAGGAAACGCAUGGAGCAAAUUAUGGGACAUGCACCACUGUAAUAAUGUAUUCUUAGUCCAUGUCUGUAGGAAGUGAAAAUCAGUUGCCAGAAUUGGAGAAGAAAAACUUUUAUUCCCAAAUUCAGGGGUAUGUAAUAGAAGUUUGUUUUGCUGUUUGUGCUCCCAUUGGGUAAAUUCACCCUCUCCAUUGGAUUAUCACCAGAACAACAAUCAAGGGAAAAACUUCCAAUAGGGGCAAUAGUUCUGGUCACCCUGGUGAUAACAAGGGAUUCCCUCAUUUGGAAGAAUUUCCUCUCAUUUCCUGUUUUGGCUAUGAUACAGAAAGAGAAAAUGUUCCCAGUGGGACACAGAUGCCAUAAAAACCGACAUGGUUUAUAACCCUUUUGCCUUUAGUUCUACUUUAAAAAGAAAAAAUGUAAGUGGUUGUAAACCUUUACAUACAGUGCCUUGAAAAAGU